CGGGCGCGAGCCGGGGGUGUGUACGCCUGUGUUUGUCUCUGGAGGGAGAGCCUGUGCGUGUGUGCGCAUGCGUGUGGCCGAGCCUGCAGCUCGGAAGACGGGAGGAGGUGUUGGAAGGACCUGCUCGUCAGAACGGCCUUUCACGUGAAAGCCUGACCCGUGUGUUUCACACAGCAGCAGCAACAUGAGCCAGGAAUUCAAACCUGGGGACCUGAUAUUCGCCAAGAUGAAGGGCUAUCCCCAUUGGCCAGCCAGGGUGGAUGAAGUUCCUGAUGGAGCAGUCAAGCCACCCACAAAUAAGAUGCCUAUAUUCUUUUUUGGCACACAUGAAACAGCAUUUUUGGGACCAAAAGAUAUAUUUCCCUAUGCUGAAAAUAAAGAAAAAUACGGCAAGCCAAAUAAAAGAAAAGGUUUUAACGAAGGAUUGUGGGAAAUAGACAACAACCCCAAAGUUAAAUUUUCUAGUCAGCAGUCCCAGCCAGCUGUUAACACUGCAGAUGAUAAAGAAACUCAUGAAGAUACUAGUCUAGAUGCUACAGAGGGAAGUGAGCAAAAAAUGGGGCCUAAACGGAAGAAAGCUACUGCUCUUAAAGGAUCUGUUAAGCAAGAUAGUCUUGACACUGAAGUUGAAAUAGAAGAGAAAGAGAUGGAAACACCAAAAGAGGACGAUUCUUCUGAAAAACAGAUCAGUGAAGAUGUGGUAAAAUCAGGCGAUGUACCUGUUCCCAAGGUUGCAAGAAGGGGGAGAAAAAGAAAGGCUGAAAAACAAGCAGAACUUGAAGAGGCAACAGUGGCGGCGGCAGCAGCAACCACAGUUGCAGUGGUUACAGUUCCAAAAACAAGCCCUAAAAGAGGAAGGCCAGCUGCUACUGAAGUGAAGAUUCCAAAACCCAGAGGGCGACCAAAAUUGAUAAAACCAACCUGUCCUCCUGAAAGCAACACUGUUAAUGAGGAAGAUAAGACCAAGAGAAAGGGAGCUGAUGAAAAAAUACCCAAAAAACAGAAAAAAGAUGAAGAGAGUCAACGAGAAGAAGACAAAGUAAGAAAAGACCCAGACAAAAAAGAAGGGAAAAAAGAAGUUGAGACGAAAAAGAAAACCACCACUAAACUGGGAUCAGCCUCAGACUCUGAAGAAGAUGGAGAGGAGCAGGAAGGGAGUAAGAAGAAAAAAGGAAGAAAUGUUCAAGGGCCUCAUAGAAGGAAUAUUUUAAAAACCCAACACGAGCGAGAAGGAGCAGAAAGAAAAUGUAAACAGGAAGAACAAGUGGAAGAAGAUUUGAUACCAUUUCAUAAUUUGAUAAACUAUAAUAAGUUGUUGAAAACUUUUGAAAGGCAAAACAAGGAAGAAAGCAAGAAACCAGAAGCUAAGAAGAUGGAGAAAAAAAGAGAAACAUCAAUGGAUUCUAGACUUCAAAGGAUACAUGCAGAAAUCAAAAACUCACUCCAAAUUGACCAUCUUAAUGUAAACAGAUGUAUUGAAGCUUUGGAUGAGCUUGCUUCUCUUCAAGUAACGAUGCAACAGGCUCAGAAGCAUGCUGAAAUGAUUUCAACACUUAAGAAAAUACGGAAGUUCAAAGUCAGCCAAGUUGUUAUGGAAAAAGCAACCAUGCUUUACAACAAAUUUAAGACUAUGUUUCUUGUGGGAGAAGGAGAUUCUGUUCUUUCUCAAGUUUUGAAUAAGUCAUUAGCUGAGCAGAAGCAGCAUGAGGAAGCAAACAAAACCAAAGAGCAGUGGAAGAAGGCACCAAACAAGAAAACGGAGAAGGAGAGAGAGCAAGCAGGCACAAAAGUAGUGAAUGGUGGUUCUGAUUCUCAAGAUGCAAACCAGCAGAAUGGAGAGAGCACAGAGGAAAAGAGAGAGAAGCUUGAUGCUGGCAGUAAGAAAAAGAUGCCAGGUGAUGGUAGAGAACAAGAGAAGACGAAGGUGGCAACCUCUGAUAACGAAUGAAUGCAGCCUACACUUUUGUAAAGUACAUUUAAAGAUAAGGAUUUGCAUUUGAGGACUACAUUGCUGAAAGUUUUAAAUAAUUUUAUAAGCAUAGUAUUUUAAUGUGUACAAUUUCAUGGGGGUUGUGAAGAAGCUUUCUUUAACCUUUGUAUUUAAACAUCCUGAUAGCAUUUGGCCCAGUAUUAAUAAGCAAUACACAGUUCAAGUGUAAAGCGUUUUAGAGACUGAAAAGUGUUUGUAUGUUUCAGGAUUAGUGCCGUAGUAUGUUUUAACUAACGACUGUAUGUUUGCUUUUUGGGUAAUGACCAAAAUCCUUCCUUUGAAAAUUGCCAAACUGGUCUACUUUUACAAACCUAUUUUCUUCCUGGUGUCUGUGCAUAGUUUUCAGAGUUGAUGUUUGCCAAAGUUGUCUGCUCACUUGUGUUUUUGUAAGAAGCCAAGAGCAUUUUGUAGCAGCUGCAAUGUAAUGUAUGAGUACAUUCAGUCAGUCCUUUAUAAGAAGUUAGUUUUGUUCUUGGAAGCUAAUUGUGCCAAUUUAAUAUGCUCUGACUUUCUGUUGUAUGCUUUUGGUAUUGCUAUCAUACUAAGGAAACAUGACUGUUUCCAUUGGAAUUAUUGAUGCACAUUAGUCGUAAAACACUGUCUUGAAAAAUUUGUUUUUUAAAAAAUUAAAAGUUUAUGCAGAAAAA